AUGGCGACGCUGUUUGAGCGCGCCCCAGCGCUGCAGAGGCUGGCCGCCAAGGCCCAGGAGCUCACUUGUGACCAGAACUUCACCAUCGUGAUGCCAAAAAAUUCCAGCAAGGGGGGCUUGCAGGCCCCGCCGCUGGACCUCAUCCGCAAUCCCUUUGAGGACAUUGCUGAUGUGGACGACGACGAGAUGCGUGCCGAGCUGAAUGCGCCCCGCAAGAGGACCUACGCAGACGCGCUCACGGGCAAGGGCACCAGGACAGGCCCCUGCCAGGGCCCCAAGGGUCGCGUGCGCAAGAGCAAGCGCGCCAAGAAGAGGGCGGCUGCGAAGGCGCCCCUGAAGGUGGCAGGCAACUGCCCGGCGUCCGUCAAGUGCAAGAAGGUCACUGACGGCAACAAGAAGGCGCCGUCCGAGGCGCACUCUGCACCCACCGAUGGCAACGAGGCGCAAGACUCUCCUGUGAUCGGAGCCAACGCCAAGUCGGAGCCCGCACCCCACAGCUCCCGGCGGUCCAGCUGGGGCAGUGCUGUCAGCAGGGGCUCGCUGCCCAGGGGGCUCUCCACGGCGCUGGUCGUCGCAGCGAGGGACGGCGGCGCCGACUCGGAGGGCGGCUCUGGCACGCCGGCCUUGCCCGCCCGCCUCACAGAGGGGGAGGCAGUGGCCAUCAAGUGCGGCGCCAAGGCUGAGGGCGCGGACGCAGCUGAGGGGGAUGGCGGCGGCAGCAGCACUGUUGAGUGCGAGGCCAAGGGUCAAAUCAACGGAGCCAAGCAGACGGCGGCUGUCAGGAGGAAGAAGGGCCGCAAGCGCGUGCGAAAGGUGGGACAGCAUCACAGGUCAUGA